UUCAAAAGGGAGCAAUUUACCAUUUGAAAGCGGUGGCACACCAUGGGAAGCGAUCGCAAGGUGAACCUCGUGUCAUCCGAGGGAGAAUCGUUUGAAGUGUCCGUGGACGUCGCCAAGAACAGCAGACUGAUCCACGAACAAGUUGAAGAGGAUGCGGAUGAAGGCCAAGAGAUCCCCCUCCCCAACGUCAAGACGAAUGUGUUGAUCAAGGUCAUCGAAUUCCUCAACUACCACCACACGACCCCCAUGAAGGACAUCCCCAAACCCAUCACGACCAAGUUCGAAGAUGUGGUCGAGAAGUGGGACUUGGACUUCAUCGACCAACCGUACGAGAUGAUCUUCGAGCUCAUCUUGGCUGCUAACUACCUGGACAUCAAGGCAUUGUUGGAAUUGGCGUGCGCGAAAGUCUCGGGCAUUAUCUUUGGCAAGACCCCCGACCAAAUCCGAGACAUAUUUGGCAUCGAACAACCGUUCACCCCCGAAGAAGAAAAGUUUAUUCGCGAUGAAAACAAGUGGCCCGAAACGGGAUAAGCAGCGUCCGUCGACGCCGCUUUUGCUGCCCCUCCUGCCGACUCUUACGUCAUGACGACGUGCUUGAGGGAAUGGUUAUGAUACAUCUUACGUGAUUUAGAUUGCUUUUUAUUGCUUAGUGUACGUGCAUGUACGUGCAUAUGUUGCUUUGAUUGCUUAGCAACUUGGUCCGGUGGCAUGGAUAGUAGUACUACUAGUAGUCCGCACACAGAACUACUAAGGUAUAUCCGGAUACGGAUAAAUUGUU